AAACAGACCUGUGCACCACAAGUCUCCAUUAAUGCGUCCCACAGCGACCAGCAUAACGUUGUAAUCAUGAAGAGCUCUGUCCUUGCUCUGUGCCUGGCCACAGUUUUGGCAGUACUUUACGUGUCGGUCGAUGCUCAUGAGGAUCACGGACAUGAUCACGGCCACAGGUCGCGCCACUGCACGCCGAGCCACCGCUGCUACUACUGUCACUACGACUGCGAGUGCAAUCAUCUGCAUGACCAGUGCAAACCGAGCCACCCAUGCUAUCGCAAAUUACCGGGCUCGCACUCCGACUGUGAUUGCAACCAUGUGAAGCCGUGCAACCCGAAACACCCGUGCUGGCACAAAUACACAGUGAAGAAGGGGCACAAGCAGCACAAGCGGAUCUACGGCUGCAACUGCAACCACCUCCGCUGCAACCGCAAGCAUCCGUGCUGGCACCGCCACUGCGACUGUUACUGCAAGCACCAGCAUUGAGACGGGUGUCUGGUGAGACGCUCCCAACAGGCCGGCCCUGCCACCGUCCGACUUUGGACGCCGUGUGAAUCUAGCUGCGUGUCGCGUGAAUAAAGCUAAAAUAAAUCACGUAGCUCACUUUUCCGCCGUGUUAUGUGUUAUUCUGUAGUUACAGCUGCACAUGAGCCUGUUUGUCUUAUAAUGGGGCUGUGGAUCAAAUACAACGGCAUAAAUGGUA